AUGACGUCGGCGUCAAUCAAGGCAAUGAUGGCGAAGGCGGUGACAACCUCCUCGACCUUCUUUAGUGACAGCAACGCUGUUGAGGGACGCAAGCAGCACAAGGAUGCGAUACGAAAGGAGCGUAAGGAGCGCGCGUCGACCCUGACACAGUGGUACGGCAUGAAAAAGGCGGAUCUCGGCGCGGAGGAGCGGCAAGAGCUUGAGCUGCUUAAGUUCCGCAACUUCAUCAACCCCGAGCUGAAGCACCAGGCGCCGAAGAAGAGCGGCAACGAGACGAGCGGCUUCGUGGAGUUUGGCUAUUUCGCCGGCACCGGGCGCAACAAGCGGAGGCGCCUUAAGUCAUUCGCGGACGAGUGGGUUGCGGAGAACCCCGAGCUGGAGGACGUUGUGUCGCGGCGCCUCAAACAAAAGGUGCGGCUGAACCGGAAGACGAAACAACUUGCAGCCCGCCGCGCCGCGAGAGAGGCGGCGCGCGCGAAGGAGAAGAAGGUGUCGAAGCGGUCGAAGAAGAAGGAGAUGAUGCUGUGA